AUGGACGUCGGUUCCAGUCAGUUGCGAGACGGGGCCCAGGCUGGCACUGUCUACCGAGCAGGUACAGGGCUUUCAGCGGAGCAGAUCUUCUUUACCCGCGAUAGACAUUUUGAGUCUGACAAUUCCAGAAAUCACGUGGGUGCGAUGCAGCGGGCCGCCACGCAGGGGUGUCUCUUUAUCGCUGUCCUAAGCCUGGCGUAUUGCUGCGCUGCGGCUGAAAAGCACAGAGUUUUGCGAACUGCAGAGACAUCGAAAGAGACCUUAACCAUCAAGAACAAAUUGGCCACAGCGGAGGGCCGUGUCACGGAUCUAAUUUCCCGCUUGGACUCCGUAUCCGAUGACGCUUCGCGCGCUAAAAACGAGAUCCAUACUACCCUCAUGGAGGUGUGGCAGGUUGUAGAUCUUCUCGGUAAGGACCGAUGCGGAGAGGUGGUUGACAAAGUCCGCGUUGCACAGAAGAAGGCGGAAAACAAGGCCACAGAACAAGAGGAAGAAAUCCGUGAGCAUUUGAAGUCGAUUGAAAAUCUCAAGCUUCAGCUCGCAAAGGACGGCGAUUCUGUCAACUCGCUUCAAACUGAAAUCAAGGCAGAGCGAUCGCGAAGGGAGGUCCUGGAAACAGAAGCUCGCGAUCUUCGCGAUAAACUACACUGGGCUUCAGCUGUUUCGAAUGAGACGGAGAAAUACGAGCUUGUAGCAGAAAGGCUUCAGAGAUUACUCGUUGUCGUCACAGAGCGCACGAAUCUUCUCAACCGCAUUUUGACGAUGGUAGGUGACGCGCACAAUGGCUUUUCGGAAUGGCGGAAAGAAAUCAGCAGUUUGUCCACAGUUGUGCGUGACGCGGAGCGUGAUUUUUCGGGCGGGUACCAGAGCGCCGCUGUCGAGGGGUUGCGUCGACACACUAUUGACCUCGAAAACCGGCUUUCACAAGCGUUGAAGGGAAGAGACACGCUCUCUGACGAAAGGACGGUUCUUCGCCGAUCUAUCGAGGCCCUGCAGAAAAAGAUUUCAUCAGCAGGCGGGAUCAUGGGUGGGACUGGAAAGUCGGAACGAGAGAGAAUUGUGGUUCAGACCGACAGUGGGACGAGUAUGCUGGGUGUGGUAACUCUCUGUUUAAUUUCGGUAUGCACUGGCGCGGUUGCUGUUUUCCUCCUGUCCUCACAGCGUGGUUCUUCGAAUGCGACGCAAACCGCAGAGAAGUAUGGAUUUACGCCCACUUCAGCGUCGCGGACAUCGCCAGGGUUCCCCUCAGGUGGGCCAAGCCCUUUACAGUACGCCAACCCAGGUAGCGCGUCGAGGACACCAGGAUCCCGGGGGAGCACGCCGAGGAGAUAUUGA